AUGGCUGCUGCAGUACUGGGAAAGAGGUCUCGACGAGUUCUGGAUGAGGAAGAAGAAAAUUUGCCUCCUUCGGCUUUUUCCACUCCGUCAGCCGCUCGGUUCAAGGAUGUGCUUGCGACACAGACUCCGAGCACACCAAAAUUUCGCGUCCGGCUCGCUGGCCAACUACUCACUCCUCGUUCAUCACGCUCAUCCACCGCACCAAAAUCGCAGAACGUCUACGCUCAAGCCAGGCAACUCUUCGCCCAGGCAAGCAGCGGGAAAGUGAUCGGUCGAGAGUCCGAACGGAGCCAAUUGACAAACUUCAUUUCCACCUCUAUCCAAACCAGGAAUGGGGGCUGUACGUACGUUAGUGGGCCACCGGGCACUGGGAAGAGUGCACUGGUUCAGGAGAUUCUGCAAAACUAUGGCGAGGAGCGCGUCGAGGUCACCACGAUCAACUGUGUGACUCUGAAGUCAUCCACCGAAGUUCUGGCCAAGUUUGGCGAAGCAUUCGGUUGCUCAACAAGCAGCCACAAAGGAGCAAAGUCAAAUCUGGCGAAACUUUUCACAGCUAGAAAGGCAGACUCGAAAAUGCACCUCGUGUUGCUGGACGAAAUCGACACCCUGCUCAGGGGUGACUGCGACGUUCUGUACAGCAUAUUCGAAUGGGCGAUGCACCCUUCGUCAACCCUCAUUUUGAUCGGAAUCGCCAAUGCUCUCGACUUGACCGACCGCUUUCUACCACGCCUGAAAAUGAGGAACCUCAAGCCUAGGUUACUUCCGUUCCUUCCCUACUCGGCUCAACAGAUUUCGACGAUAAUCACCGGAAAGCUUCGAUCGUUGUUACCUGGUGGGAUUAUGAUGGAAUCUGACUUUGUCCCGCUGAUGCAUCCGGCUGCCAUCCAGCUAUGUGGCAAGAAGAUUGCGGCUCAAACGGGUGAUCUGCGUAAAGCUUUCGGCCUGGUUCGUCGCGCGAUUGACCAGAUUGAGCAAGAAACACUCCUUGAAAUGAGCCGAGAGCAGAGUGUCACACCAACCAAGCAACCACUUACAGAGAAUUCCAACUUGAGGACGAGUCAGGGCUCGUUUUCGGUCAGGCCAGACUCACGAUCAUUCCUCGGCCAACUUAACAUGGAGACGGCACCUAGAGCAACUAUCGGACAUGUGGCGAAGAUUGCAUCUGGCAUAUUCAACAAUGGGACUGUCUCUCGGUUGGGAGGACUGAAUUUGCAGCAAAAGGCUGUGCUGUGUUCUUUGGUCGCAUCGGAAAAUCGCCAGUACCGAAGAGAUCCUUACACGACCCCGUCAAAGUCGUGGUCCAAGAUACCUACCAUCAAAAAGCUGUUCGAGAAGUAUGCUCUCCUUUGCAGACGGGAUGAUGGAUUAUUGCAGCCACUCAAGAACACCGAGUUCAGGGAUGUGGUUGCCAGCCUGGAGAUAUUAGGGUUGAUUCAAGAAGCGUCGGGACGGAACUCGAGUUUGUUGACCCCGUCCAAAACACCUUCUCGCAGUGGAAGAGCAAUGGACGACAUGCAGGUGACGAGUGCCGUGUCUGAAAAAGAAAUGCGGGACAGCCUGAAUGGGCCAGGGUCUGACUUGUUGUUGAGGCUGCUUGAUGAAGAUUAA